CAUAUCCAAAGCGUGUAUUUUUCUUUCACUCCGUAUAGCUGUCAGCGUCACUUCCCUUUCGUUAACGUUAUUCCAGACGUGGGUGUUUCAAGAGGAAACAAAAUGGUAACUCAAGCAUGGCGUCUUCGCCUGUCGCCAGAAAAACAGGACACUUUGUUAAAAAUGACAAUUCUCACAAUUGCUGCAGUCUUGUCAUUUUCCACACGACUCUUCUCUGUACUGAGGUUUGAGAGCGUGAUCCACGAGUUUGAUCCCUACUUCAACUUUAGGACCACGAAGUACUUAGCAGAAGAAGGGUUUUAUAAUUUCCAUAAUUGGUUUGAUGACAGAGCAUGGUACCCUCUUGGUCGUAUCAUUGGUGGAACCAUCUAUCCUGGUUUGAUGGUCACCUCUGCUCUGUUGUACAAUUUAUUGCAUAUGCUCAACAUCACCAUUGACAUCAGGAAUGUCUGUGUGUUUUUGGCUCCCCUCUUUUCCAGUCUCACAACACUCAUCACUUAUCAACUGACAAAAGAACUUAAGGAUGCUGGUGCUGGUUUAAUAGCAGCUUCCUUAAUCUCUAUUGUUCCUGGUUACAUUUCAAGAUCUGUGGCAGGCUCUUACGAUAAUGAAGGAAUUGCCAUUUUCUGUAUGCUACUCACUUAUACCAUGUGGAUCAAGGCUGUGAAAACUGGAUCUCUCUUUUGGGGCUCAAUGUGUGCCCUGGCUUACUUUUAUAUGGUCUCUUCAUGGGGUGGCUAUGUUUUCUUAAUCAACUUGAUCCCACUUCAUGUAAUUGCCCUGAUGAUCACUGGACGUUUCUCCCAUCGUAUCUAUGUGGCUUACUCAACGGUGUACUGCCUUGGCACUGUCCUCUCUAUGCAGAUCUCUUUUGUCGGUUUCCAGCCAGUUCAAUCAAGUGAACACAUGGCAGCCUUUGGUGUCUUUGGACUCUGCCAGAUCCAUGCCCUUGUUGAUUAUGUCCGAUCCAAGCUAAACAAGGAACAGUUCCAGUUGUUAUUCCGCACUAUGGUUAUGUUGGCUGGUGGUGGAUUCACUGUCAUUGGUAUGAUUCUUACUGUUACUGGAAAAAUAUCUCCAUGGACUGGGCGUUUCUAUGCACUAUUGGAUCCUUCUUAUGCCAAAAACAACAUUCCUAUUAUUGCAUCUGUCUCAGAACAUCAGCCUACAACAUGGAGUUCAUUCUAUUUUGAUUUACAAAUGUUGGUAUUCUUGUUCCCAGCUGGUCUUUAUUUCUGUUUCUCCCGCCUGACUGAUGCAAAUAUUUUCAUCAUCAUGUAUGGUGUCACAAGUAUCUACUUUGCUGGUGUUAUGGUGCGUUUGAUGCUGGUGUUGGCACCGGUGAUGUGCAUCCUUUCAGGAAUUGGUCUCUCCUCCACACUAACCACAUACAUGAAAAAUUUAGAUUCUACACGCAAAGAGAAAAAAAUAAAGCGAUCAGAUUCAUCUUACCCACUGAGAAAUGAAAUUGCAUCUGGUGUUGUUUUAAUGAUAACCACCUUCUUGAUAAUGUAUACAUUCCACUGCACAUGGGUCACAUCUGAGGCUUAUUCUAGCCCUUCAAUUGUUCUCUCAGCUAGGGCUGGUGACGGUGGAAGAAUUAUUUUUGACGAUUUUCGAGAAGCAUAUUAUUGGCUACGGCACAACACUCCAGAGGAUGCUAAAGUUAUGUCUUGGUGGGAUUACGGAUAUCAGAUAACGGCAAUGGCAAAUCGGACGAUAUUGGUGGACAAUAACACGUGGAAUAAUACGCACAUAUCCAGAGUGGGCCAGGCAAUGGCUUCACCAGAGGACAAAGCCUAUGAAAUAAUGCGUGAAUUAGAUGUAAAUUAUGUUUUGGUCAUUUUUGGUGGUUUGACUGGCUACUCUUCAGACGACAUCAACAAAUUUUUGUGGAUGGUUCGGAUUGGUGGCAGCACGGAGAGAGGUACUCAUAUCAAAGAAUCCGACUACUAUACUCCACAGGGAGAAUUCAGAAUUGAUAAAGAAGGCUCCCCAGUCCUUCUUAACUGCCUUAUGUACAAGAUGUGUUACUAUCAGUUUGGUUCUGUUUACACUGAAUCAGGGAAACCCACAGGUUAUGACAGGGUUCGCAAUGCUGAAAUUGGCAACAAAGAUUUUGAACUAGAUGUCUUAGAAGAGGCCUAUACCACUGAGCACUGGUUAGUUCGUAUCUACAAAGUGAAAGACCUUGAAAACCGCGGUGUAUAACGAUGCAAGUGAGCAAAAGUAAUGUUCUGUAGAGCAAGUCGCUAGCAUUCAUCUGCUGAAAGACAAAUCUAAGAAGUUCUUCAUUUCAUUUACAUCUCAGACAUAUCGCACAAUAUCAAACAAAUUCCUGAUGUUUUCAUUAAAGCUCUUCAGUUUAAAACUACAGACCUAAUUUCUAUUGUUCUCUUCAUUAUUUGUUGAUCUAUUCCAGGCAUGAGCAACCAUUUCCAAGAAGUGGGGCUGCAUGAGACUUUACUCAUCAUCAGGUGGGCCACGAUACUAAAAAAAUGUUUAAGGUAAUUUUUCAACAGGUGUGCCAUUCAGAAACUGUCGUGGACCUUUGCUCAUUACUGAUCUAUUCUAUCAGCUUGCUCAAAAGUUAUGUUUUUUAAGAAUUACUCAAGAUCUCAGACUGAGCAGAUUUAAUUACAUGUUCCUUCUGGAGUAAAUCCCCCCUACUUUAAGAUACACACACCAUCUAGCAUUUAGUUAUGGGAUUAAAGAAGAGUUUAGCUAGUAAAAGUUUGGAUAUGUGUUAAAACAUGCCCAUCACUAAGGGGAGCACUUGGCAGCACUGCCCCCGCUCACUAUUCAAUGAUGCACCCUCAGGUUUAGUAAAUACAGUUUACAAAAACCUUCCCCUGCAAUACAAAUUAAUGGCCACCAAGAAUAUUCUGAAGCACCCCCAGGCAUCAGUGUCUGGUGACUAUGGUGACUAGCCAGCUCCAGUUUUGUCAAACUUACAAUAACUGAAGAUUUGAGUAUAUUAUCUGACUUAAAUUCUAUCCGCUUUUCUCUCUCCCUCAGAUGCGUAUGUACACACACACACACACACACACACACACUCUCUCUCUCUCUCUCUCUCUUGAACACUCGCUUCUUACAUAGACUGUUUGUGUAACUCACAACAUUUUGAUUUCAGCCAUUGUAGCUUGCUUUACACUUUUUGUUAUAUAAUAUAUUUCUUACUGAUAUAUGCCUCAGUGCACACACAUCAAACAAUAUUUUUAAGUAUAAAUUAUUCUUCCAGUCAAUAUUAAACUGGAAGACAGUAAUCAAAGCUCUGAGAUUUCUUGGUGCAAGUUUUGUGUUUCAAUUCUUUAUUCUUACUGCUGAACUUGAAGCUUUGUCUUCCAUUUGCAUUCAUUUUCCUUUAUCUUUCUCUCUGUGGAGUGGGGUUUUAUUGUUAUGAUGGGGCACAAUAAGCUGAGAAACUGUUUUAAGAUAGCAUUAAGUUUCAAAUCUUGUGUUGAAGUGUCAUCUGCUAUAAAAAUUAUGUGUGUGCAUAUGUAUAUAUAUGCAUGUGUAUACGCACAUGUGUGUAUGUAUAUAUAUAUACACACACACACAUAAUUUUAUGUCAAGAUAAAAUAGGUACCUGCAAGGCGGUGAGCUGGCAGAAACAUUAGCACACCGGGCGAAAUGCUUAGUGGUAUUUCGUCUGCCGUUACGUUCUGAGUUCAAAUUCCGCCGAGGUUGACUUUGCCUUUCAUCCUUUCGGGGUCGAUAAAUUAAGUACCAGAUACGUACUGGGGUCAAUGUAAUCGACUUAAUCCCUUUGUCUGUCCUUGUUUGUCCCCUCUAUGUUUAGCUCCUUGUGGGCAAUAAAGAAAUAAAAAUAGGUACCUGCUGAGUGCUAGAGUCAAUGUAAUCAACUAGAUUCAUUUCCCCAAAACUUCAGGCCCUGUGUUUAUGCUGGGCAAAAUGCUCUGACAUUUCGUCUAUUCUUACACCCUGAGUUCAAAUUCCACUGAGGUUGACUUUGCCUUUCAUCCCUUUUGGGGUCAAUGAAAUAAGUACCAGUUAAGCACUGAGGUUAAUGUAAGUGAUUUAUCCCCUCUCCAAAAUUGCUGGCCUUGUGCCAAAAUUUGAAAUUAUUAUUAUUAUUAUUAUUAUUAUUUCACUGAAGUCGACUUCGCCUGUCAUCCUUUUCAGGGUUGAUAAAUUAAGUACCCAAAAUUUUAGGCCUUGCACCUAAAAAUAGAAAGGAUUAUUAUUAUUAUUAUUAUUAUUAUUAUUAUUAUUAUUAUUAUUAUUAUUAGUUGAAAUUCUGCCGAGGUUGACUUUGCCUUUCAUCCUUUCAAGGUCGGUGAAACAAGUACCAGUUACACACUGGGGUCGAUAUAAUCAUUUGCCCCCUCCUCCAAAAUUUCAGGUCUUGUGCCUAUAGUAGAAAGGAUUGUUAUUAUUAUUAUUAUUAUUAAGACUGCAAGCUGGCAGAAUCAUUAGUACAUUGGGCAAAAUGCUUAACUAUUUUGCCCACCGCUACGUUCUGAGUUCAAAUUCCGCCGAGGUUGACUUUGCCUUUCAUCCUUUCAAGGUCAGUGAAAUAAGUACCAGUUACGCACUGAGGUCGAUGUAAUCGACUUACCCCCUCCUCCAAAACUUCAGGCCUUGUGUCUAUAGUAGAAAAGAUUAUUAUUAUUAUUAUUAUUAUUAUUAUUAUUAUCAAAGUAGCAAGCUGGCAGAAUCAUUUCAAAAUGCUUUGUGUAAUUUCUUCUGUCUUUAUAUUCUGGGUUCAAAUUCAGCCAAGGUUGUCUUUGCUUUCAUCCUUCCAGGGUUGAUAAAAUAAGCAUCAGUUAAUCAGUGGGGCUGAGUUAAUCAACUGGCCCCUGCUCCCAAAAUUUCAGGCUUUGUACCUAUAGUACCAAGGAUUAUUAUGAAGGCAAUGAGCUGGCAGACUCAUUAGCAUGUUGGACAAAAAUGUUUAGCGGCAUUUCUUUCAGUUAUGCUCUGAGUUCAAAUCCCACCCAGGGUCAAUUUUUGCCUUUUUAUCCUUUUAGGGCUGAUAAAAUAAGUACCUGUUGACUACUGAGGUCAAUGUAAUUGACUAAGCCCCUUGCCUAAAAUUGCUGACCUUGUGCCAAAAUUUGAAACCAUUAUUAUUAUUAUUAUUUUUUUUUUUUUUUGGUGGUGGUGGUUGUUAUGCGAGGUGAUGGUUUGGCAGAACUAUUUGAGCAUCAGACAAAUGCUUUUCAAUGGUACUGACCAGCUUUUCUCUUCUCAAAACUUUUGGCCUUGUGCCUAAAUUAGAAAAAAUCAUUAUCAUUGUACAAGAUGGUGGAUUGGCAAAAAUCAUUAGAGCAUCAAUCAGACUACAAAUUCUUUGCAGUAUGUUUUGGCUCUUUAUAUUCUAAGUUCAAAUCCCACCGAAUCAUUUUUUACCUUUGGGGGAAGUUCAAUACAAUAAAGUACCAGUCAUGUACUUGAGUCAAUGAUAUCAAACAACUCCCUUGCUCCUUAAGAUUUCAGGCCUUGUGCCUGCACUAGAAACUAUUGUUAUUGUGCACCAGUUAUUUAAUUUUUUUUUUUUUUUUUGUCUUUGUUACUUCAGUUUUUUUCCAUUAUUUGGUCAGUUUGUCUUAGAAAUAUCCACCAUUCAUCAUCAAAAUUGGAAAGCUCUCCUCUUAUGGAAAAGUCUGUGCUUUAUGUUAAGACUCUGCUCUACUUUAUCAAUUUACAACUAAAUAAAUAAAAAAAAAAAUUUAAUUUUUGUAUAAUUUUGAUUAUAUGAAAUAAAUUUUAAAAUAUA